AUGGGGGGCGUCUGCGCCCGUUUCGCCGAGCGCAACCGGGCCACGCUCAACUUCGCACUGCUGGUGGUCGGUUACGCCGCCUACUUGUUGGUCGGCGCCGGCAUCUUCUCUGCCGUCGAGCUGCCCUACGAGGUCCGGCUCCGCAGCAAGCUGGAAGCCAGCCACCGGGACUUCUUGGCCAACAACACCUGCGUGUCGGACGACAGCCUCCGCGAGAUCCUCACGCGGGCGCUGGAGGCCAACAAUUACGGCGUGUCUGUGCUGCGUAAGAGCAGCCGUCGUAACUGGGACUUCGUGUCGUCUCUCUUCUUCACCAGCACCGUGCUGACCACCACAGGUUACGGCCACACAGUCCCCCUGUCAGACGAAGGAAAAGCCUUCUGCAUUUUCUACUCCUUAGUGGGCAUCCCCCUCACCCUCUUCUUCCUCUCGGCUGUGGUGCAGCGCAUCAUGUUGGCGGUCACCCGCCGCCCCCUCGCCUACUUCCCGCAUCGGUGGGCCGUGUCUAAGGCCAAAUUCGCCUUGAUCCACGCGGUGGUCCUUGCCGUCGCAGUCACUAUUGUUAUCUUCUUCAUCCCGGCGUGCAUCUUCUUCACCAUGGAGCGGGAUUGGAACUUCCUGGAGUCCAUCUACUUCUGUUUCAUCUCCUUGACCACCAUCGGGCUCGGAGAUUACGUCCCGGGAGAAACUCACGGCACGGAGGAUAACCCUCAUCGGCAGCUUUAUAAGCUGUUCAUUACUUUGUACCUGCUUCUGGGUCUAGUGUGCAUUCUGGUGCUCAUGGAGACAUGCGUAGAGCUGCCGCACAUGAAGCGCCUACGCCAACAAUUCUACCAUGACAGCCUCCCACGGGAAUUGGAAGCAGAGACCGCCAACAUCAUCGAGCGAGAACAUCCCACAGAUAUGUCUGAGCACGUCAUCCCGUCCGUGUCGGAGCGGGCCGAAACGUCGCGGGACAGCGCGGCGCCGUACACGCCGGCGACAGUCUUUAAUGGGAAACUCAACUAA